GUAGUUGUAUUUCCUCUUGCGGAACUACUUGUCUUUGCGUCUUGAGAACCAGGCUGACAAAAUAAAGCGAUUGUGCAGUGUCAGGUGUUUCCGGUACAGCGAGAAGUGAGGUGUCGAAUAUGGCUGCGUUUUCUGAAAUGGGAGUGAUGCCUGAGAUUGCCCAGGCUGUGGAGGAGCUGGAUUGGCUUCUCCCCACAGAUAUCCAGGCAGAAUCCAUACCAUUGAUUCUAGGAGGUGGUGAUGUGCUAAUGGCUGCAGAAACUGGUAGUGGUAAAACUGGUGCUUUCAGCAUCCCAGUGAUUCAGAUUGUGUAUGAAACACUUAAGGAUCAGCAGGAGGGCAAGAAAAGCAAAGCAGCAGUAAAAGCCGGAGGGGCAGUUUUCAGCAAAUGGCAGAUGAACCCUUAUGACAGAGGUUCAGCUUUUGCUAUUGGGCCUGAUGGACUAUGCUGUCAGAGCAGGGAGAUUAAGGAGUGGCAUGGAUGCAGAUCAACCAUGGGAGUGACAAAGGGAAAAUACUACUAUGAAGUAUCUUGCCAUGAUCAAGGCUUGUGCAGAAUAGGAUGGUCCACAUCUCAGGCUGCCUUAGAUUUGGGCACAGACAAGUUCGGCUUUGGGUUUGGUGGAACGGGAAAGAAGUCCCAUAACAAACAGUUUGACAGCUAUGGGGAGGAAUUUACUAUGCAUGACACCAUCGGAUGCUACCUGGAUAUAGACAAAGGACAUUUGAAAUUUUCCAAAAGUGGAAAUGAUCUCGGACUUGCAUUUGAAAUCCCUCAACAUUUAAAGAAUCAAGCAUUUUUUGCUGCUUGUGUUUUGAAGAAUGCUGAAUUGAAGUUUAACUUUGGUGGGGAAGAAUUUAAAUACCCUCCAAAGGAUGGGUUUAUUGCACUAGAUCGAGCACCUGAUGGCCACAUUGUCAAAUCCAAACAAACAGGGAGCGCACAAGUGACUCAGACAAAGAUUAUGCCAAACGCCCCAAAAGCGCUUAUUAUUGAACCAUCCAGAGAAUUGGCAGAACAAACACUGAACAAUGUCACACAGUUUAAAAAAUAUGUGGAUAAUCCCAAAGUUAGGGAACUUUUGAUCAUCGGUGGUGUAGCUGCCAAGGAUCAGCUGGCAGUUCUGGAACACGGGGUUGAUAUAGUUGUGGGAACACCUGGUCGAGUUGAUGAUCUGAUAUCAACAGGAAAGAUCAACAUUUCUCAAGUUCGAUUCCUGGUGCUGGAUGAAGCUGACGGGCUCUUAUCUGCAGGAUAUUUAGAUUUCAUUAUGAGGGUCUAUAACAAGAUCCCUCAGAUCACUUCCGAUGGAAAGAGGCUCCAGGUGAUUGUGUGCUCAGCAACCUUGCAUUCCUUUGAUGUGAAGAAGCUCUCUGAAAAAAUCAUGCAUUUCCCCACCUGGGUGGAUCUGAAGGGUGAGGACUCUAUCCCAGAGACUGUCCAUCAUGUUGUCGUGCCCGUCAAUCCCAAGACUGAUCGACUCUGGGAGAGGCUGGUCAAAAACCAUAUCCGGACUGAUGAAGUACAUGCUAAUGACGACACACGACCGGGUGCCAAUAGUCCAGAAAUGUGGUCUGAAGCAAUUAAAAUGCUGAAGGGAGAAUACACCAUCAGGGCAAUCAAGGAGCACAAGAUGGAUCAGGCAAUUGUUUUCUGCAGAACUAAAAUCGAUUGUGACAACAUGGAGCAAUACUUCGUACAGCAAGGAGGGGGGCCUGGCAAAAAAGGACACCAGUUUUCAUGCGUUUGUCUGCAUGGUGAUAGAAACCCACAUGAAAGGAAGCAAAACUUGGAGCGAUUUAAGAAGCGGGAGGUCAGGUUUUUGAUUUGCACUGAUGUUGCUGCAAGAGGUAUCGAUAUCCACGGCGUUCCCUUUGUUAUCAACGUCACACUCCCUGAUGAGAAGCAGAACUAUGUGCAUCGUAUUGGAAGAGUAGGAAGAGCUGAGAGGAUGGGUUUAGCCAUUUCCUUAGUGGCCACCGAGAAAGAAAAGGUUUGGUACCAUGUGUGUCCUAAUCGUGGGAGAGGCUGCAAUAACACUAGACUGAAGGAGGAUGGAGGGUGUACCAUAUGGUAUCAUGAGAAACAGCUCCUUGGAGACAUUGAAGACCAUUUGAAGUGCACCAUCUCUCAGACUGACCCUGAUAUCAAAGUACCUGUGGAUGAAUUUGAUGGCAAAGUCACCUAUGGCCAGAGAAGAGCAGCUGGAGGUGGGUUAUACAAAGGCCAUGUGGAUGUUUUGGCACCUACAGUACAAGAGUUGGCUGCCCUUGAAAAGGAGGCACAAACAUCUUUCCUGCAUCUUGGCUACCUGCCCGACCAACUGUUCAAAACCUUCUAAUAGCAGCACAGCUAGCUCAGAGAGAAGACAUCACAAAAAGUGACUCGCAGAAUACAAUUGGAAGUUUAAAACUAUGAUGCUUUAUUUCAAAUGAUAGAAGUUUAACUGAAAAAAUAAGCAAAAGAAGCCUUGUGUUUAAAAGCUAAUGUAUGUAAAAGAAUGACAUUUUGAUUUAAAAACGUAUUUGUUUUGUUGUCUAUACAACCCCAGCCUGGCACUACAUUUGAAGAAAAACAUUGUGAAAUAAAAAGGCAUAAAUAUA